AUGGCUCCUCCAACAAUCACACUGGAGGAGCACUACCUCUCCAAGACCCUUCGCAAGCGGAUGGCCGACUCGAGACAGCAGGAUCCUUACAAAUUGCUUCCUGCGUCUUUGAUCGAUACACCCAGCUCCCUAGGUGCAGAUCGUGUCGCUGACCUUGAUGCCAGCCAGGUCGCCCUGCAAAUCCUCUCGCACAGCCCAAUCGAGGCUUCCGCAGAGCAGUGUCGUGCAGAAAACGCUGAACUGGCACAGGCCAUCAAGGGUCAACCCCGGUAUGCGGCAUUCGCUCUACUGUCCAUGGCUUCUCCAGCCGCAGCAGCUGAAGAGCUCGAAAGAUGCGUCAAAGAGCACAACUUUGUUGGCGCGCUCAUCAAUAAUCAUUGCGGUGGCACUUUCUACGACAGCGAAUCUUUUCGACCUGUCUUUGCAAAGGCUGAUGAACUGGACGUGCCAAUUUACAUCCAUCCGACCUUCGCAGCCGACGAAUGGAUGCCACAUUAUAGCGGCGACUAUGGCGAGAAAGCCGCGCAGAUAAUGAGCUCGACAGCAUGGGGUUGGCACUCCGAGACCGGACUGUAUGUUCUUCGUCUCUGGGCCUCUGGUCUCUUUGAUGCAUUCCCAAAACUCAAGAUCAUCAUUGGUCAUAUGGGGGAGAUGCUCUCCUUUCAGCUCGAUCGCAUCAUUUCUGCAUCUUCAUUCUGGAGAGUGGAGAACAAGCGUGGGCUUGAGCAAGUGUGGAAGGAGAACUUCUGGGUCACCACUUCUGGAAUGUUUACUCUGGCACCAUUCAGCUGUCUGCUCAAGAUGUGUGCUAAAGAUCGCAUACUGUACUUGGUCGACUAUCCUUUUAGUGGCAAUGACACAGGGUUGAAGUUCAUUGAGGAGAUUGAAGCAAGUGGAAUGAUGGACAAGGAAGAGCUAGAGAUGUUCUGCUACAAGAAUGCCGAGAAGGUGCUUAAGAUCAAGUUACCGCAGUAA